AGAAGAUAUACUUGUCACAUAACACGUGCAACAGCCACGGUGUUUUUUGUUGGCGCUUGUGUUUACAUGAUUGUCUACAGAAGUAUACCUACAAAUCUAAGUAAUUUACAGAAUAACACGAACAGAUAUUUUGUAAAUGGGGGGUCUACAGAAAAAGAAGUAUGAGAGGGGCUCUGCCACCAACUAUAUCACAAGGAACAAAGCCCGCAAGAAGCUGCAGCUGAGCCUGGCAGAUUUCAGACGCCUGUGCAUUCUGAAGGGCAUCUACCCUCAUGAACCCAAGCACAAGAAGAAGGUGAACAAAGGUUCCACAGCUCCCCGCACAUUCUAUCUGCUUAAAGACAUCCGGUUCCUCCUGCACGAGCCCAUCGUUAGGAAAUUUAGAGAGUACAAGGUGUUUGUGCGUAAACUGAGAAAGGCCUAUGGAAAGGCAGAAUGGACAGGGGUGGAGAGACUGCGAGAUAACAAGCCUGGCUACAAACUGGACCACAUCAUCAAAGAGAGGUACCCCACAUUCAUCGAUGCCCUCCGUGACAUAGACGACGCCCUCUCCAUGUGCUUCCUGUUCUCCACCUUUGCCCGCACUGGAAAGUGCCACGUCCAGACCAUCACGCUAUGCCGACGUCUCACGGUGGAGUGGAUGAACUACCUAGUCACAUCUCGCUCUCUCCGGAAGGUUUUCAUCUCCAUCAAGGGGAUUUACUAUCAGGCAGAGGUUCUUGGACAGCUCAUAACCUGGCUCGUGCCCUACCAGUUUGCCCAUGAUCACCCAACAGAUGUGGACUAUAGAGUAAUGGCUACCUUCACGGAGAUGUACACCACCCUCUUUGGCUUCAUCAACUUCCGCCUCUACCAGACACUUAACCUGGUAUACCCACCCAAGCUGGACAGCAAAUCUGAGUCAGAGCUGAAGGCAGAACAUGAGGAGGACUACGCCAUGGACUCUGAGAGCUACUUGGAGAAACUGUCUGCCCUGAGUGCCAGCCUGGCGCGGGUGGUUGCCACCGCGGAGGAGGAGGAGAACCAGCUUGACCAGUUCCCUGCUGAGGGGGAGGACCUAGAGAACAUGGAGGCCAGAGAGAAGGAGCAAAAAGAGCAGGAGGCCCAGAAUAGGCUUUUCGAGGGGCUCAAGUUCUUCCUGAACAGGGAAGUUCCCAGAGAGUCACUGGCUUUUAUCCUGAGGUGUUUUGGUGCCGAGGUGUCAUGGGACAAGUCCCUCUGCAUCGGUGGUACCUACGACGUGACUGAUGAGACCAUUACCCAUCAGAUUGUGGACAGGCCCGACAUAGACAAGCAGUACAUCAACAGGUACUACAUCCAGCCCCAGUGGGUGUUUGACUCGGUCAGCAAGAUGCGCCUGCCUGUGGAGGACUACUUCCUGGGGGUGACGCCGCCCCACUUGUCACCCUUUGUGGAGGAGAAGGACGGUGACUAUGCCCCGGAGAAGCUGAAGCUCAUAGCCCUGCAGCGUGGGCGAGAAGCACCAGUACAAGAUGAUGAGGAAGAAGAAGAAGAUGAUGAUGAUGAAGAGGACAACGAUGAGGUGGAUGAUGAAGAUUUGACUGAGGAGAAGAAUCUGAAAAAGAUGGAGGAUCAGCGAUCCCAGGGCAAGACUCUGGCGGUGAAGGUGACCCGCGGCAAAGUGAAACCCUGGGAAACUGGUUCCGUGGGGAACAAGGUUCGACUGGAGCAGGAGGAGAAGGCAGAGGAGAAGCGUCUGGCAAUCAUGAUGAUGAAGAAAAAGGAGAAGUACCUGUACGACAAGAUCAUGUUUGGCAAGAAGAGGACGACCCGAGAGGCAAACAAACUGGCUGCUAAGAGAAAGGCUCACGAAGAUACCAGCAAGGCAGAGAAGAAGCAGAAAAAGGCCAAGAAACAGUAGCCACCUAACAGUGGAUAUUCAUCAAGGACUGGUUUUGAUUUGUAUGGUUGUCAAUCAUAUAAGAUGGAAGACUCAUGAAACUGAUGGGUUUAUUAUGGGGGAAAAGUAUGAGUUGGUCCCGUGGUGAUUGAGAUCAAUGUUAGUAUCAUUUGUCAAGCAUGUUGGCAGGCAGAAAUACUGGAGGAGUCACAUUGUUGCAAAAUAUUAUCCACCCUGCCUCGUCAACCGUUGAGGUGAAUGUCUGCUUUGUUCUUAUUUGUGUGAACUCUGAUAUUCUGGUCAGUACUCUGUAAAAGAAAGAUUUUACCACUGAUUCACCCUAUUUUAAUCUAUUAAAUGGGGUUCUGUGUAAUCCA